GAAGGUAUUUCAUAUCUUCGUCCCUUCUUUUUAUUUGAUCAUAAACCGCUUCAUAUUCAGAUAUAGUAUGGCUUCUACUUCGUCUGUUCCGCAUCAAUGGAAAUAUGAUGUUUUUAUUAGUUUUAGAGGCGCAGACACUCGCGAUGGUCUUGUUAGUCAUGUCUUUGAUGCUUUAUGCAGAAAUCAAAUUAUUACCUUCAAAGAUGAAAAUCUUGAUCGAGGAGAAGAGAUAUCAGAUACUCUGUUGCAAAUUAUUGAAGAAUCAUACAUUUCAGUUAUUAUUUUUUUAGAGAAUUUUGCAAAUUCGCCAUGGUGUUUAGAUGAACUAGUGAAGAUAACCGAAUGCAGCAAAUUGGUAGGACAAAAGAUAUUACCAGUAUUCUACCAAAUAGAUCCAACUGAUGUGCAAGAGUUGACUGGAAGCUAUGGCGAUGCUCUUAUCAAGCUUAGAGAAGAGUUUAAGGAGAAUUUGGAUAAAGUGGAGAAUUGGAGCCAUGCUUUGAAGCAAACAGCAGGAAUGUCGGGAUUGGUAUCACAGAACCUAAAGACCAAAUUGGUGAUCAAAUUUGUUGUUUCAAUUAGAAUAUUAAGCUAUUAUUAUGGUUUGGUUGGAAUUAAACCACGGAUCGAGGAUGUUGAAUCAUUAUUGCACUUAAAAGCUACAGAUGUGCGCUUCAUAGGAAUAUGGGGGAUGGGCGGUAUAGGCAAAACAACUCUUGCUAGCAAAUUAUUUGAUCAAUUCUCUUCCCAAUUUGAUGGUCAAUGCUUCAUUUCAAAUGUUAGGGAAAAACUAGAAAAGUACACAUCAGAUGGUUUACAACAUGAAAUCCUUUCCAAAGUAUUUGGGAAACACAACUCAAAUGUUGGCAUGCCAAUCAUGUUAUCAUCUUCUGUAAGAAAAUGGUUUAUAAGGAAAAAGGUUCUCAUUGUUUUGGAUGAUGUGAGUGAUUUGGGUUCAUUAGAGUUUUUGAUAGGAGAUAAUGUCAUUUAUGCUCCAGGGAGUAGAAUUAUUUUGACUAGUAGAAAUAAACAAAUUCUCAAGAAUAAAUGUUCUGAUAUAUAUAAAGUUCAAGAGUUAAAUUAUAAUGAGGCUCGUCAACUCUUUAGCCUGCAUGCCUUUAAACAAAACCAUCCUACUGAAGCACUUAUGAAAGUGGCAAAUAGGGCAAUGAAGUACACACAGGGUGUCCCAUUAGCUCUGCAAGUUCUCGGUUCCAGUUUACACAAUAAGAAUAUAUCAGAAUGGGAUGAUCAAUUGAAAAAACUAGAGGUUAGUUCUGAUAAGAAAAUCCAAGAUAUUCUGAGAGUAAGUUAUGAUGAAUUGGAUGAGAAUGAAAAGGAAAUAUUUAUUGACAUUGCAUGUUUCUUUAAGUCCGAGGAUAAAGAUCAUGCUGAAAGUGCUUGGGACAGUUUGGGCCGUUUUGCAAGAAUUGGAAUCAGUUGUCUUCUUGAUAAGUGUCUCAUCUACAUUUCAAACAAUAAGUUAGAAAUGCAUGAUUUGUUACAACAAAUGGGCAAAGAUAUUGUUAUCAAGGAAUCCGUUAAAAAUCCUGAAAAGCGUAGUAGGUUGUGGAAUCCUCAAGAAAUCAUCUAUGUUUUGACAAAAGAUUUGGUAAUAAUCAAAGUUGUUGCCAUUGUCUUUCUUGAUAAAAUUCAAUUGAUUUUUUUAUUAUUAUAUUGCUUUUAUUAA